AUGCAUCCUUUCUGCUGCGGGUCAACGGUGACGAUCGACAGCUACGACAUGCCGACUCCGGCACCGUAUCCGCCGUCAGAUCCGGCGACUAACGGGCACAACUCGGCGGCGGUCUCCAGAGCAUCUUCGGUUCGCGAUUCCGGGGGAGAUCAUGGCCACGGCCAGAAUCAGGUUAACCGGGAGCUGAAGAUCAAUGACAUAGUUGGGGAUGGGAUCUCGGGGAUUUUGUACAAGUGGGUGAACUACGGGAGGGGCUGGCGGCCGCGGUGGUUCGUGCUUCAGGACGGGGUGCUCAGCUACUACAAGAUCCACGGGCCGGACAGGAUUGCCCUUGAACAGGAAACAGAGAGAGGGUCAAGAGUGAUUGGAGAUGAGUCGAUGAGGCGGAUUAAGCGGCCACUUGCCAAUCACCACCACCACCACCAUUACCACCAUCAACAUCACAAUCAGAAUCACCAUCGGAACAGGAGCAGUAGUUCUUCGCCGAGAAGCCGGAAGCCUGUUGGCGAAGUGCAUUUAAAGGUCUCAUCUAUUCGGGAGAGCCAAUCUGAUGAUAAGAGAUUCUCCAUUUUUACGGGGACAAAGAAGCUCCAUCUGAGGACCGAGAGUCGUGAGGACAGAAUAACUUGGAUGGAAGCUUUGCAGACAGUGAAGGAAAUGUUCCCAAGGAUGUCCAACAGUGAGCUAUUGGCGCCUGUGGACAACCUGGCGGUCUCAACCGAGAAGCUGAGGCAGAGGCUGUUGGAAGAAGGCUUGAGUGAGGCCGCCAUUCAGCAAAGCGAGCAGAUCAUGAGGAAUGAAUUUGCUUCAUUGCAGAAUCAGCUGAUGAUCUUGAAGCAGAAGCAUUGGAUCCUCGUGGACACACUGCGUCAGCUUGAGACAGAAAAAGUUGACUUGGAGAAUACGGUUGUUGACGAGAGCCAGAGACAGUCUAAAGACGUUGGAGCAUCUUCUAACACAAGGCAAGAUAAGUCUAGUGAAAGCACCACUGAGUCAGAAGAUGAGAAUGAAAGAGUAGAUGGGGCUGAGGAGGAUACAGAUGAAGAAGACAAUGCCUUUUUUGACACCAGAGAUUUUCUUUCUUCUAGUUCCUUUAGAAGUAGCGGGUCCGACUUUAGGACGUUAUCACUAUCAUCUGAUGACGAUGAGCAUUAUUCUUUUGAAGAUGAGGAAGAUAUUGAUCCUGCCAUUAGAUCUGUUGGAAUGAACUUUCCUCGCAUUAAGCGUCGCAAAAAAUUACCUGAUCCUGUUGAGAAAGAGAAAGGAGUGAGUUUAUGGUCGAUGAUUAAAGACAAUAUUGGGAAGGAUCUUUCCAAAGUAUGUCUCCCGGUUUACUUCAAUGAACCGCUCUCUUCACUGCAGAAAUGUUUUGAAGAUGUGGAAUAUUCAUAUCUGAUUGAUCGGGCCUAUGAAUGGGGAAAGAAGGGUAACAGCCUUAUGCGGAUGCUAAAUGUAGCUGCAUUUGCGGCAUCUGGAUAUGCUUCAACAGAUGGAAGAAUAUGCAAACCUUUCAAUCCAUUGUUAGGGGAGACUUAUGAAGCUGAUUACCCAGAUAAAGGCGUCCGAUUUUUCUCAGAGAAGGUUAGUCAUCACCCUAUGAUUGUAGCAUGUCAUUGUGAGGGUAGAGGCUGGAGGUUUUAUGGUGACAGCAAUCUCAAAAGCAAAUUUUGGGGACGAUCCAUUCAGCUCGAUCCAGUUGGCGUAUUAACUAUUGAAUUUGAUGAUGGAGAAAUCUUCCAAUGGAGCAAGGUGACAACAUCUAUUUACAAUCUAAUUCUUGGUAAGCUUUAUUGCGACCAUUAUGGUACAAUGCGGAUACAAGGAAACCGUGACUACUCGUGCAAAUUGAAAUUCAAGGAGCAGUCUAUCAUAGACAGGAAUCCUCAUCAAGUGCAGGGAGUUGUCGAGGACAAGAGUGGAAAAACAGUGGCAACUUUGUUCGGAAAAUGGGACGAGAGCAUGCAUUACGUAAAUGGAGAUUACUCCUCCAAAGGGAAAGGGCAACAGUCCAUGGCGGAAGCUCACUUGCUCUGGAAACGUAGCCAUCCUCCUAAGUUCCCGACACGUUACAACUUAACUCGGUUUGCCAUCACAAUGAAUGAGUUUACUCCUGGACUGAAGGAGAAGCUGCCCCCAACUGAUUCAAGGCUUAGACCUGAUCAACGAUGCUUGGAAAAUGGGGAGUAUGAGAAAGCAAAUUCCGAAAAGUUGCGCCUAGAACAGAGGCAGCGGCAGGCGAGAUCGAUGCAAGAGAGAGGAUGGAAACCGAGAUGGUUUGCAAAAGACGAAGGGAUUAGGUUUGAGAUUCUCUCUCGCAUCUCGCUCUCGCACAGGCACACCCGCACCUUCCCUACUCACUCCGUCACUCAGUCGCAUCUCUCUCACAGUCACUCUCUCCGGCCGUCCGGCGUAUUCAGCCUCUCGGCACAGUACACACUCGCGAAUCCAGGUUAUGGCUGCGCGUUAACUUGCUCCUCGACCACCACCACUGAACAGCUCCAUUUUCUUUUGGAAAGACGGCGUCGGACUUACUCCGGCAGUGAAAUUGCAGAAGCUAUGAAGCUCACUCUUGAAUUUGGUGGUGGAUUGGAACUUCUAUGCGACUCUGUAAAGAUCCAUGAGGUGAAUGUUGACCCACAAGAUGAAGAACAGAAGUUAACCAUGAAACACUUGCUCUCCUGGGUUCGCCGCAAUCUGAUCAAAGAAAGACCUGAAAUGUUUAUGAAAGGCGAUACCGUGAGACCCGGAGUUCUCGUGCUCGUAAACGAUUGUGAUUGGGAAUUAAGUGGUCAGCUUGACACAGUUUUGGAAGAGAAGGAUACUGUGGUUUUCAUCUCAACUUUACACGGUGGAUAA